CACAGCCAGGGCUACUAAGGAGAAGCUCUGUAAGAAGUAUCUCAAGGUCCUGGAGUGGCCUAGCCAGUGUCCUGGCCUGAACCCAAUCGAACGUCUUUGGAGGGAACUGAAAGUCCGUAUUGACCAGCGACAGUCCAGGAACCUUAAGGAUCUGGAGAAGAAGUUAUGAUGGCUCUGUCCUGGUUGCUGGUUCUGCUGGCGAUUACUUCCACUACCUUAAGCAUCAACCCAGGAGUGACGGUCAGGCUGACCAAUAAAGGCCUUCAAUAUGGAAAACAACUAGGCAUCGCUGCCCUGCAGAAAGAACUUCAAUCUGUCCAUAUUCCGGAUUAUUCUGGCUCAGAACAUGUGUCUCCCAUUGGCAAAGUCACAUACAGUUUAACAAACAUGCGGUUAGUGAACACAGGGCUGCCAAGCUCUGCAGUGAAUCUGGUGCCAGGGACUGGGGUCAGGCUGACUAUCGGAAACGCCUUCAUGAAUCUGCAUGGAGACUGGAGGGUCAAGUACCUCAGAAUAAUAAAGGACAGCGGCUCUUUUGAUGUAAAUGUCAAUGGACUCACAAUCAGCACAACCAUCGCAGUGAAAAGUGACGAGAUGGGGCGGCCUGUGGUCAGCAAUACUAACUGUGUAGCCACUGUCGGCAGUGCCAAAGUCAAGUUCCACGGUGGAGCUAGCUGGCUCUACAAUCUCUUCAGCAAGUUCAUAAACAAGGCUCUAUGUAACGCUCUGCAGGAACAGAUUUGUCCUCUGGUAGAUAAAACAGUCGCCGGUUUAAACCCCAAGCUGAAAACACUCAACGUGCUGGCCAAGGUGGACAAAUAUGCAGAGAUUGAAUAUUCCAUGGUGUCAUCUCCAGCUGUUUCACAAUCUUCCAUUGAUCUGAAUUUAAAAGGGGAGUUCUACAACAUUGGCAAGCACCAGGAGCCUCCGUUCACCCCCGCUGCCUUUUCCCUGCCAUCCGAGAACAACAACAUGUUGUACACGGCCCUGUCCGCCUUUACUGCCAACUCUGCAGCUUUUGUCUACAACCAAGCUGGAGUUCUCAGCCUGUACAUCAUGGAUGACAUGGUCCCCAAAAGCUCUCCCUUCCGACUCGACACGAAAACGUUCGGAGUCUUCAUCCCACAGAUUGCAAAGCAGUACCCAGGUCUAAUGAUGAAGCUGCUGGUGAGGGCUGAGAAGAAUCCCUCAAUCACUUUUCAGCCUAAAAAUGCAACCCUUCAGGCCACUGGCACAGUGACGGCUUAUGCCAUUCAACACAACGGCACGCUUUCCCCUCUCUUUGUCCUGAACUUGGAGAGCAGUGUGAGCGCCGACGUGUUUGUCAGAGGACUGAGCGUUGCUGGGCAUCUCACUCUCAACGAAAUGAAAUUGUCCCUAGGAACCAGUUAUGUGGGACCUUUUCAGGUCGGCUCCGUUGACAGUGUGCUCCGAACAGUUCUCAAAAUCGUAGUGAUACCCAUAGUUAAUGUUCAACUUGAUAAAGGUUACCCACUUCCUGCGCUCGGAAAAAUGAACCUUGUGAAACCCCAGAUUCAAAUCAUGAAGGACUACAUGCUGAUCGGGACAGAUGUUGAUUUCACAGGUUGAAGUGCGAAGACCCAAACGGAGCAAGGAAACAUUAGUUUUUUUAAGCUUCAAUACAGCAUAAUUCCUACAAUAAAUUGUCAAUAUCACCUCA